AUGCUGUCUCGACUUUCGCACAAGGAAUUGCUGCGUCUUGCGACCAAAGCGGCAAUCCCUCCGCUUUCACCGGAGUUCCAUAAAGGACAGUGCGGUCGUGUAUGCAUUAUUGGUGGGUGUGAAGACUACACGGGCGCACCGUACUUCAGUGCACAUUCAGCAGCGUUGUUCGGAGCAGAUCUGACCCACGUUAUGUGUGAGUUAAACGCAGCACCUGUGAUAAAAUCUUACACACCAAAUUUGAUGGUGCAUCCGUACUUGCGGGAAUCGGGCGCUGGUACAGCGCCCAUGGACAAAAUUCAAGGUCUGCUGGACCGGAUGCACGUGUGUGUGGUAGGUCCAGGUCUUGGCAGAGAUCGAGCUAUGCUGGAUUCCAUCGUUGAUGUGUUGGAAUAUCUUGCCUACAAGCACAAAGGCGAGACUCCAGUAAUUUUGGAUGCCGACGGGCUGUUUUUGAUCUCUGAUGAGAGCUACUCCGACAAAGUAUGUGAAGUUUUACGUGCUUUCAAACCGGGACGGCUCGUAUUGACCCCCAACGUUGUGGAGUUCCAGCGGAUCAAAAACCGCUUUGGCUGCGAGAGCGGGGCAGAACUUGCAAGCAAAUUGAAGUGCGUUGUAGUGCAAAAGGGCUCAGAAGACAAGAUUUGGUAUAACGAUUCUGUUUUGGAAUGUUCCGCCAAGGGCACCAACAAGCGAGUAGGUGGCCAGGGCGAUACAUUGACUGGGAUAAUAGCUACCAUGUUGGCAUUCAGUAGAGCAACCUACGAUUUCAAAAUUUGGGAACCUACUGAGAGACUGGAAUGGUUCGAUUUGGCAGUACUAAGCUGCUAUAUAGGGAGCUCUGUGACGCGGGAAUGUGCACGGCUUGCAUACGAAAAACACGGAAGGGCAAUGCAAACCACAGAUGUCAACGACAGGGUUGGCGAUGCAUACGACUUGUUAUUGGGCAAACUUUGA